AUGCUCAUAGGGAAAACAAGCAAUAAUAAUCACAGUGAUAAUUCAACCAUAAAAUCGGACGGAUACACAGACACCGGAUCAACAGAAACUAUCUCACCGGACAGAUUUAUAGGUAUAACGAACGAGAGAUUAUCCGACUCGGACUCCAUAGCUACAGUCAAUCUUGGGCCCACACAACCUCCUUGCCCUACUUUCCCUAGGGCACAGAUAUCCCAACCCUCGUCCCCACUCUCGCUCUCUUCUCUCUCUUCACUCACCUUACCAGAAAAUUUGCCAAAAACACCCAGGCUGUCGUCGUCCAGCUCCAGCUCAGACAAAACAACUGAAUACAUAUCACCAACAUUCAGACCUCACACAAUAGACAGGGAAAAGGAGGAGGCACCCAUCAACAUAGAUACAUGGAACGCAAUACCCAGCUGCUCAUAUGCAAGGACCAAAAGUAAAGAAACAAAAUCCACAAGGUAUAUGGAAAGGCCCCUACGACCGCUAUGGCCCAAAGAAGGGAUGGGGUGCGGGCGAGAAAAGGAAAAACCAGGAAAAACAGACAACAGUAAGGGAAAAGAAACACACCCAGCACCCGCAGCCGCACCGGCAAAAGGAGCAACUCCAACCCCCCCAGCAGCUGCUCCCUCUACCCUGCCGGAGAUUACACCCAGCACCCCAUCAACAGUCACCGUGAGAACAAGAAAGACUACUGGAACCAAAACUGAGAUCAAGAACACCCUCAACAAUACCACCACUUCUCCUGCACCAUUAACAACAAGACUAGAGGAGGGCUUUUCUCCCCCCCCCCCUUCUCCCCUUGUUGUUCCCCGAGAAGCAAAUAACAAUAAUAAUAUUACAUCCCCACUAGACGAGGCUGUAAAAAAAACGAACGCCAUAAUACUCGGACUGGCGGGAACAAGAACGGGCACGGUCAGAACCGUAAGAACUGACCCACUCUUUGCAACGGGACUUCGUAGACACACGCCCCAUAAGCUAAACAAAAAUAAUACAGAAAGAGUUGCUGCGAUCAUCAAAAACAGAUGGGAGGAACUUCUAAACGUAGAAAAACAAGCCAUACAAUUACGAAAAUUACUGAUCAACCUGGGUGGAAAAGACACCCUCCUAUGUCCUCCUCCAACACAUGCUCAGGGGGGAAACACACCCUAUACUGAGUCAAGAUCUAAAGCAAACUCAAAACCCACAACCAUUCCCAGCCCUAACCUCUCUCUCAAUCCCACACGGGACACAGACAAGAAAACAAAACUAAAACAACCCACUCACACAAACGAACAAAGAAGAAGGAGCAACAAUGACGACGAACUGAAUUAUAUUAUGGAAACAUUAAAGAAACACCAAAAAAUCCAACGUGAACAAGACCAAUAUCUAUCUCAAUUGCAAAAACAAAUUGAGGCACUCUACUCCACAAGGACUCCCGGGCAAAGACGCGAUCCUCAGAACACACACAAGGGAAAUACCCUCGAGUCAAGCAAACUCCCUGAACAGCAUAUUAAUAAUAAUAAUGAUAGUAAUAACCACCGGAUGAACAAAAGGGAAAAACCAAAAUCAAAAACAGACAACACCCAAACAACGAUUUGA